UAGACCUUUGAAUAUAAUAGAUGAAAAUCAAGUCUCAGAUUAUGAGUGAGGUUGUUUUUCACUUUAGAUAUUUAAAGCGUCUGGCAAUGAAUACUGACGACAGAAGGUGUCUGGCAGUGUUAAUUUCAAAUUGUUUACAAUAUUCCCUACAACAUACGUGAGAAUCAGUCCUAAGACAAUAAAUGAAAGCGUCUUCGAAAUUAAUUCAAAGGAACCCUUUUCUAAAUGAAUCAGCUGAUGAAUUCACGAGAUAUUUUCCUGAAUUUGUGGAAGUUCUUGUCAAUGAAGAAUUAUAUGGAAGUGUUCCGAAGUUGAAAGAGCAGCUCAGAGAAGUUGUGCAAUCAAAUAUUGGUUAUGGAAAUAAUGUCAGGGGUAAAGCAACAGUUGCAGCAUACAAGGCUUUCGAAAAACAAGAGAACCUCUCAACUGAAAAUAUAAAGUUAGCAGUUAUACUUGGAUUGUGUUUUAGAACGGCUGAAUCAUCAAUCCUAAUCGUGGAUGACAUCUUGGAUAAUGCUUCGACUCGAUAUGGAAGGCCGUGCUGGUUCAAAAACAAAAAAGUUGGUCUGAGAGCCAUAAUAGAUGGAAUUUACUUGGAGAAUGGUACUCAUUACAUUUUGCGAAAGUAUUUUUGGGCGCAUCCACAAUACCUCAAUCUUGUUGAACUAUUUCUGGAAAUGUACUUCAUAACAGCUUUGGGACAAUCAAUGGAUCUAAUGAAUAUGGAUAUGGAUGAUUUUACAAUCGACAACUAUAAUAAGUUGACGGUUGGUAAAGCAGAAUAUUGUUUAUUUACUAUUCCAAUUGUGGCUGCUAUGUUUUUGGCAAACAAUUCAGAUCAAGAAACACAUCGACAAGUGAGAUCAGUCUUAUCGUCUCUAGGAAAUUUUUACCAGAUACAGAAUGAUUUUCAAGACUGCUAUGGAAAUCCCGAGAACACAGGUAAAAUUGGCUCCGAUAUAAGAGAAGGAAAAUUUUCUUGGUUAGUAGUGAAGGCUUUUCAGAAAGCUAACAGCAGCCAGAGAAUGAUAAUCCAAGAAAACUAUGGGAAAAAUGAUGACAAAUCGAUUGAAACAAUACGCAACCUGUAUAACGAUUUGCAAUUAGAAGAAGAAUAUAAAAAUUGUGAAAACCAGGCUCAAUCUAAUAUCAGCUCCAAAAUUUCAAGUUUGUCUGAACAUUUGCCACGUGAUUUGUUUUACAUACUUUCAGAUAAUUUGUUCCAUGGUAACUGGGGAACAUAAUUAUCAAAGAUGGGCAUUUUUUUUCAUACACUUCAUAAACGAGUACUGUAAUAAAACCUAAUGUACAUGUA